AUGUUAAAAUUUGACAGCUAUAAAUUGAGGUUAUGUUUAUUUACAUGCUAUUGAAAGUGAAAUAAGUUUUUAUAACAUAGUUAUUAUUUUGUAAAAUCUAUAGAUUGCAGUCAACUAGCGAAAGCUUUAAACGGCAAUAUUGUGAUGUUAAGCGAAAAGUAGUUAUCAUAUAAUAAUAUAGUUGUUUUCACAUAAUUUAAUAAUUUUAUUUCUAAGUGUAAUAAUUACGCCUACUGUGCUGCAUAAUGAAUAGACCUCCGCGUCCACGAAUGAUGAACAACUUCCACCGAGGGCCUAUGCCCUAUCAGAAUCAAUGGCGACCUCGAGGACCACCACGAUUUCCUAGGUUUGGACCACCAGUCAUGAAAACAGAAAAUCAAAAUAGUGAAGAAUAUUGGUGUGAGACAUGUGACAGAGGUUUUCCUACAGCAGACAUUCUUGAAAAACAUAAACAACAACACCAGAAAUGCAAUAUAGAUGGUUGCCAAUUUGUUGCACAUCCAAAAGUCAUCACAAAACACAUACAAAUGCAACAUUCAACUGGAUUGUAUAAGAAAAUUGCUAACUUGAACAACCCUGAAGAAAUACAGAAAUGGAGAGAAGAAAGAAAGAAGAAAUAUCCUACAAAAUCCAAUAUAGAGAAAAAGGAGGCUGAACACCAGGAAAAAGUUGCAAGAGGAGAAAAAAUGAACUUGAACCGUGACCAUAGGAAUAACAGAAAGCCACCAGCUCAUGAACCAGGCUUCAAAAGAAAACUAGGUACUGACAAAAGAAACCAGAAUCCUAGAAUGAACAGAGAAAAUUGGGGUAACAAACAAAACUCCAAACCUAAUACAAAAAUAUCUACAAAUACUUCUGAACCCCCAAAGAAAAAACCGAAAGUUAUCCCCACUCCACCUGCUACAGUUGAAAAGAAUAAGCUGAAACCAUUCGCUGGCAUUCUUAGUAUAAAGUUGGAUGACCCUGCUGAAGAAGUGCCAGAGGCAGAAGAGAGUAAUAAUGAACUGUUUGAUGAUGAUUAUGAUGCAACCAUAGAGGUUCCUAAAGAAACUCCAAACAAGGAGCCUGUGCUAUGUGGAGCCUUAACAUCUCUAAUGUGUGAAUAUGGAUCUACAGAUGAAGAAACUGAAGAAAAGGAUGAUAAAGAAGUAAACAAAUUAGUACCAAACCAGAAAGAAGUUCAAUCAUUAAAUGAAAGCAAAAUAAAGCCAGUUGAAGAUCCUCCUAAAGUUGAGAAAAAUGAAAGUGACGAUGAUGACGCGCCAGAGGAAGUAAAGAUAGAAAAAACUAAUGUUGAACAUGAUACAACUCAAGAAAUAACAACGAAAAAUAAAGAAAAGCCUGUAGUAAAAAGUGUUAUCCCGCCGAAAAACAUAGAGAGACCUAAUUAUAAGACAAAACGAAAAGUACCAUCAACACUCCUCCAGAAACUGUUGCACAAUGAAAUUAGGCAAGAACGUAAUAUAGUGUUGCAAUGUAUUAGAUAUAUUAAGAAAAAUAAUUAUUUUGAUAAACCUAGCCAAUAAAAUUAAAUUUUAUUGACAUUAUUUUUAA